AUGUCAAGGAUAACACUGAGCCCAAAGAGUUUCCUGCUGCGUUGCAGACAGGCAUAUAGCACCUCUCCACGGCAUUUACAAGAGGCUCGCCCACCCACAGCGCCGAAGCAACAACCUCCACUUUCGCAGAUCAGAAAUAAUGUCGAUGUGUACACGGACAAUGUUUCGGUACGAAACUACCGGAGCCAUCAGGGCGUCCCUGGCAAAAUCAGAGAUUGUAUGGGAGAAAUAAAUGAGAUCGACAAUCUCCUGAAAGAGCCUCGGCGUAAAUUGAAAGAGCUACAAAAACAAGUGAACAAAUCCCAAGACCCGAAGGAUGCUUUGAUUGCUGAGAUGAAGUCGAUCAGAAAAGAGGUGGCGUCACUUGCAGCGAAGCAAGAAGCACUUGCUAGUGAGACACAUAAUCUGGCUGUGUCACUGCCAAACCUGACCUCUACAACAACACCACUUGAUGGCGAGCCGAAGCUCGUACGGUAUAUCAACUAUGAUCCGGACCAGCCACUUUCAUAUAGCGAGUCGGCUGAUCAUACGAUCAUCGGGGAGAAGCUCAAGCUGCUAGACUUCUCGUCCUCUUCUACAACGUCUGGCUGGGGGUUCUACUACCUCCUAAACGAAGCGGCUCUGCUGGAGCAAGCGUUAAUUCAAUUUGCACUCGCUCAGGCCAUGAAGCGCGGAUGGGCCGUGGUGAGCCCUCCGUCGUUGGUCUACUCCCACAUGGCCGCAUCCUGCGGAUUUCAGCCACGUGAUCAAAACGACGAGCAACAGAUCUGGCAAGUCGCGCAGUCAGCGAGGGACACUGGAAAACCCACCCGUAGCCUGGCCGCCACGGCAGAGAUCCCACUUGCAGGCCUCUAUGCAAACAAAAGCAUCCCGGAGGCAGAAUUGCCGAAGAAAUUCGUCGGAAGCAGCCGUUGUUAUAGGGCGGAAGCCGGCGCCCGAGGAGUCGAUACGAAAGGUCUCUACCGCGUGCACGAAUUUACCAAAGUUGAAAUGUUUGGGUGGACGAAUUGCCCCGUUCCCGACGAGAACAUUCCAAUUGACUCGGACUUGACCUUCGAUUCUUCUCGCCUAUGGCGUGAAAUGGUCGACAUCCAGACCGGAAUUCUGCAGUCUCUGGGUUUACCUUGUCGGGUACUGCAAAUGCCCUCGACAGACCUCGGUGCCAGUGCAUUCUGCAAGAUCGAUAUCGAGGCAAUGUUUCCAUCACGAAGAAAGCGCGAUGGAGGGUGGGGUGAAGUCACAUCGGCGUCAAACUGCACCGAUUAUCAGAGCAGAAGGCUUGACACCAGGAUAAUUGACGCAAACGGUUCGCGCAAAAAGUUUGCCCACACAGUUAAUGGAACCGCCAUGGCAAUUCCAAGAGUUCUUGCUGCUAUCUUGGAGAAUGGAUGGCGGGAGGAAGACGGCUGUGUGGUAAUCCCAGAGGUCUUGAGAGCCUACAUGGGUGGCAUGCAGACGAUUGGACCCAAAUGA